AUGCAAUAUCAAGAACCACAACAACAGCCAUAUCUUGCAUCUCUUUUAGAGCAAGAAAACAUGCCAGUGAUGGGUUCUUAUAUACCACCAUCGCUUUCUUAUUCUCACAUGCUAUCGUCAGCCUAUGAUCUGGCAUCUGCCAAUGUUGAAUAUCCAUGGAAUUGGUACCUCAAGAAUGAAGAUCUCAAUGCAAGCGUUAUUUGUUCUCCUUCCUUUCCCCAUGAUGUUACCAUCACUGCUGUGCCACCACCACCACCACCAUCGCAACUUGAGCAACCCAUGCUCCCUUAUCCGUCUCCAGAGAUACAUCACCUUUCUCCACCAGCAAUGACUCCAACAAUGGCUACAAUGAUGCUCUCACCAUCCCCAGAGCUUUCUCCAUAUCCUGAGGAGCCUCCUAUGUACAUGUCUCCAACACCAACAAACUAUACCUUCCCUAUGGACACACCUAGCGGUGAUACCCAAGGCCUUUUUUCUUCCGUUCCAAUAAUGAAUUUCGGCAAUGACAGCUCUGAUGGAUCCAUUGGUAUUAUGACUCCUCCUUCUUCUCCUAUGCCAAAGUACAGUCGAUCCAAAACACCUCCUACUACGCAUCGCCAACGACCUAUCUACAAGUGCGAUACUUGCAAUAAGACAUUCACUCGACCUUACAACUUGAGAUCUCAUCAACGUACACAUAAUAACGACCGCCCUUAUCCUUGCGACCAUCCUGGGUGCAAAUGGAGAUUUGCAAGACCCCAUGACCUUAAACGGCAUCAAUUGUUGCACAGCGGCAUCAAACCUCAUAAAUGCGAACAUUGCAACCUACGCUUUGCCCGACGUGAUGCUUUGCGCAGACAUUGGCAUGUGGAGAAGAAAUGUGGUGAUGCUGAAAAGCACUUUCCCACUGCCAAGCUACACCGCCGACGACGUGAUAACAAGACAAAAUGA